AUGGACAUUUUGUUCAUGGACACCUCGGGCGGCGUCCCAUCGUUCGAAUUCCGCGUGACUGGUCAACACGAUUGGGUAGCUUUCAACGCUUCCAAUUCCACAAUUCCAAUCGAGGCGAUGGAGUACAAAGUUCAACGAGGGCACGAGCACAGGUCAAAGGGGCCGACAGGCAUCUACUUGGACAUGGAGUGGGGUUUGGAUCUUGAUUGGUACGAUUCCAAUGCUAGUUGGCACCCUUACAUUCCACUGAGACUGGUGGCUACCACUUUUAUGAUAAAACUAAGGCAAUUGCCUGUAGAGCUGUCAGGUGUAUUCAUUGCCUCUUUCAUAUUUAAUGGAAUAUUGGAUGCUUUCAUUGCUUUUUUCAUAAUUAAUCCUGUGUGA